CUUGAGCCCAUUUUCCUGGUAAAAUCUGAAGCUUCUUUCUCCUUCUCCCCCCCCCCCCCCCCCCCCCCUCUCUCUCUCUCUCUCUCUCUCUCUCAAAACCUCAAUCAGUCAAUCUUCCCUAGCUUCUCUCUCUAGAGAAUCCAAUUUAUCUCUACGAUCUUCGAAACAUCAUUUCAAAAUCUCUUUAUCUCUCACCUCCCAAGCAUUCAUUCGUAUAAUGACAUGCACGACCUAAUCGCCAUCAUCAACCGGCCAUGUCGAUCUCGCCGCCCUCAACCGAGAACGGCAAACCGCCUACGACAACGGUGUCAUCCUCAGCCUCAUCACCGAGUUCCAUUUCGUACAAACUCCGGAAAAUCCCUCCCAUUCCCCUCCGCCGGAUGCACAGGUCUGAUGCCGCCGAAUUGACCCUAGACGAUUUCACUGAUUUCUCCGGCAACAAUGAGGAGGACGAGGAGGAAGAAGAAGACGGGCAGGAAGAAGAUUCGGGAUUCGAAUUGCGAGAUCCAAACGACAAAUCACCGAUAAUUCUCCCAUCUUCCCUAGGAUUGAACCAUAUCAGGACACGAUCGGUUCCGACGCCUUCUCCUCUUAGGUUUUCGUCCUCCGCCGGCAUGCCUUUGAAGGUGCCCAGUUCUAAAGACCGGAGCAAUGCUAAGGAGGAGAAAUGUCGGGGGCAAGGAACGGUCAAGGCAUCGAUUAACCAUCAGAUCCCACCGACGGACCCCGGACGAAAGUCUUCGUGGAGUCACUCGAAAUCCUUACGACAUCCAUCACCGCUAAAUCUAGCGUUGGAGACCCACCAUGCGGCGUUUGCCAAAGAACUGCACUCGCCACGGUUCCGGGCCAUUAUGCGGGUUACCAGUGGUCGGAAAAAGAAAGCCCCCGAUGUCAAGAGCUUCUCUCAUGAACUCAACUCGAAAGGGGUUCGGCCUUUCCCAAUGUGGAAGUCUAGAGCAUUUGGACACAUGGAAGAAAUUAUGGUCGCAAUCAGGGCAAAAUUCGACAAGUUGAAGGAAGAGGUAGAUUGUGAUUUGGGUAUAUUUGCUGGGGAUUUGGUUAGCAUACUAGAAAAGAUCUCCGAGUCUAAUCCUGAAUGGAGGGUGAGUUUAGAGGACUUACUGCUCAUUGCUCGAAGAUGUGCAAAGAUGCCAUGUAGUGAAUUUUGGGUGAAAUGCGAGGGAAUUGUUCAAGGUUUAGACGACAAACGUCAGGAGCUACCAAUGGGGAUCCUUAAACAAGCACAUACACGCCUUCUAUUCAUCCUCACUCGAUGCACUAGGCUUGUGCAGUUCCAAAAAGAGAGUUGUUAUGAGGAAGAUAACAUUCUGGGUCUUCACCAGUUAAGUGAUCUCGGAGUUUACCCAGAACAAAUGCUGGCGAUCGCACGACAGGAUUAUAGUGGGCCGUUGGCAGCUGAGAAGUUGUUAAGUGAUAGCCAGAGAAAGAAGAUUCAUGAUGACCGAAAGAGUGUGGGAGUGAAACAUGAAAUUGUGGAGCCAGAAGUCAGCACUGCCAAAAGUACUGAUUCAAGUACAAGCAGCUAUAGGAUUUCGUCCUGGAAAAAGCUUCCGUGUGCUCUAGAGAGACAGAAGAAAGCCCAUGAUGCAGUUGAUGAUACACCUCUGAAAGCCAAAUCAGAACCACCAUUACAAGGUGAAACAAGAAUCAAUGGUGAUGACAACAAUUCUGAAACUCUUGAAACUCCUUCUGUACAUCCCCCAUCAACAGCUGCAGUGAGAAAAGCUUCAUGGGGGUAUUGGGGGGAACAUCAUCAUAAUCUUACCUAUGAUAAUUCGAUGAUAUGUCGAAUAUGUGAGGUCGAGAUACCAAUCGUUCAUGUGGAGGAACACUCACUUAUUUGUACAAUUGCUGACAGAUGUGAUUUGAAGGGGUUAACUGUAAAUGAUCGACUCGAACGAGUAGCAGAGACUCUUGACAAGAUUCUUGAAUCUUGGACACCAAAAAGCACUCCCAAAAGCCCUGGGAGUGUCCAUGACUUGGAUGAGGGAGGCGGCUUUGCUCAUAACUGUCCUGAAGACCUGCUCGAUGGUAUGGCUGAUGCUGCGGAGAAUGCAUUUGUUGCGGAAGAACUAAAUGUUCUACCACCAAGGUCAAUAGAGUCACGUUCCAGUUUGGCACCUAAUGCGGAAUUAAAAGCAUCUCCAUCUGGAAGCUUGACACCUAAAUCACCAUUGUUAACUCCACGCACCAGCCAGAUUGCAUUGCUCUUAAGUGGAAGGAGAACGAUAUCUGAACUAGAGACCAAUCAGCAGAUAAGCAAGUUGCUCGAGAUUGCACGUUCUGUUUCAAAUAUAAAUGGCAUCGAUUAUAGUUCGUUGGAGUCCAUGCUUGACCAUCUCGAUGACCUGAAGUACGCCAUACAGGACAGGAAGGUGGACGCUCUCAUUGUAGAGACUUUUGGACGACGAAUUGAGAAAUUAUUACAAGAGAAAUAUGUACAUUUGUGUGCUCAGAUAGAUGACGAAAGACUAGAUCAUUCAAGUCAUAUGGCUGAUGAUGAGAGCUCUGUGGAAGAAGAUACCCACCGCAGUUUGCGUGCAAGCCCUAUGAACACAUGUUCUAAGGAUCGAACGUCAAUAGAAGAUUUUGAAAUCAUAAAACCUAUAAGCAGAGGAGCAUAUGGACGGGUUUUUCUCGCUAGAAAAAGAGCUACCGGUGACUUGUUUGCUAUAAAGGUUUUAAAGAAGGCUGAUAUGAUUCGGAAAAAUGCUGUUGAAAGCAUAUUGGCAGAGCGCAACAUCCUGAUUUCACUUCGUAAUCCAUUUGUGGUCAGAUUUUUCUACUCCUUCACAUGCAGGGAAAAUCUCUAUCUAGUUAUGGAGUAUCUAAACGGCGGAGAUCUCUACUCUCUCUUGAGAAACUUGGGUUGCUUGGAUGAAGACAUGGUUCGCGUAUAUAUUGCAGAAGUUGUGCUUGCUCUGGAGUAUUUGCAUUCUUUGAAUGUGGUUCACAGAGAUCUGAAGCCAGAUAACUUGUUGAUCGGUCAGGAUGGUCACAUUAAGUUGACAGAUUUUGGGUUGUCCAAGGUUGGUCUUAUUGAUAGCACCGAUGACUUAUCUGGUCCACUAAGAAGUCCUGGUUUUCUUAAUCAUAAAGCAAGGAAUGAACAAACAACAUCAACAAGAGAAGAGCGCCAAAAACAUUCAGUCGUUGGUACCCCAGAUUAUUUGGCCCCUGAGAUUCUUCUUGGCAUGGGACAUGGUGCUACUGCAGAUUGGUGGUCUGUGGGGAUUAUUCUUUUUGAGUUGCUUGUAGGUAUUCCUCCAUUCAAUGCCCCAUCUCCUCAGCUAGUAUUUGACAAUAUAAUGAACAGAGAUAUACCCUGGCCUAGGGUUCCUGAUGAGAUAAGUUAUGAAGCAUAUGACUUGAUUGACAAAUUGCUCACAGAAAAUUCAGUUCAAAGGCUAGGGGCAACCGGCGCCAAAGAGGUGAAGCAUCAUGCUUUCUUUAGGGACAUCAAUUGGGACACGCUUGCAAGGCAGAAGGCUACAUUCAUACCAGCUGGAGAAGCACUCGACACAAGUUACUUCAUGAGCCGGUAUAUAUGGAAUCCUGAAGAUGACAAUGUUCGCGGAGGUAGUGAUUUUGAUGACCUGACCGACUCAUGCAGCACUAGUUCACUGGGAAACACACCAGAUGAGGAGGGAGAUGAAUGUGGUAGCUUAGCUGAUUUUGGUGGUCCAACACUUGCUGUGAAGUAUUCGUUUAGUAACUUCUCCUUCAAGAACUUGUCGCAGUUGGCUUCUAUCAACUAUGACAUGGUCAUCAAGAGUACCAAAGAAGCAGCGGAUGUCUCUAAGCAAUCUGUUCCAUAGUCAGUAGUUCUCCCACGAAACAAAUACAUUAUUGCAAAGGGAGGCCUGGAAAUCUCGAGGAAGAGCACCAAAGAAGCAGCAGACCAUCCCACUACUCGAGCAAACAUUAAGGUCAGUCCUCUUUGGAAAGCUCUGAAUGUAUAGCUCUACAAAAACUGUGGACUAUGAAAGAGAACCUGGUUUGAAACCACCUAGAAGCAGGGAUUUCACUGUUGCAAUAGAUUUACUCACGAAACCUUUUCGCUGAAUAUCGCAGUUUUGUACAUAAAGCCGUAGAUUUAUUUAAGAGUUUCAAUUUUUUUGGUUCUUCUCCCAAACAAUUUCUUGUUUGAGGAGUUGAGGAGGGUGUGAUUAGAAAGGAAAGAAUCGCAUCCAUACCCUCAUAAUUUAGCUAAUUUGUAAUUUCAACACGUUGUAUUUUUUGAUUCAGUGUCAGGAGGAGAUGAUUGUAGGAGAGAAUAUUAUGUCUUUUUAUUUACUUGAACUAGAGCGAAUCUGUGUUCGUUUGUAUUAUUAGUUAAUUUUCUAAUUAUAGGGGGAGUCAUGUGAUUAAGACAUAUUAAUAAAGUAAAGCUUAGGUUAGCUGUCAACAUUGUAUGAGCUAUGGAUUCCAGUUGAGAGAGAUUAGAUUAGUUUAGACUUUAGACUUGAGGUUUGGUUUUGUGGGUUGGAAAUACAAUUGUCUAUGCAGGUUCCAAGAACUUCUGCUAAAAGAAUACACAAAAGGGCCAAUGAGCUCAAUGUACCGAGGGAAGCCCUGAUUGGUUGCUGUUUUGCUGGGACUUUUUGAAUUUUAGAUAUUGGAAUUUUUUUUUUUUGUUGCAGUUUAGUAAAAGUUUACGUACCUUUCAUUUUUGUUUUCCGUUUAUUGUUUACAUUCCAUAAAUCUAGCAACGCAAA